AGAAAUCAAAGUUGGAUAACCAAAGUUGAUUGCACCGACUUAAUUAAAAUACAAUAUUGUUUUAUUUAUUUUAAUUUUAGUCGGCGAUCAUGUUUUGCAAAAAGUGUAGAAAUGUCAAAGCGAAUCUUGAAACCAUGGGUAUUAAAAAAAAAAAAAGUGGUGACGAAUGAUCAUGAUUCAUGAGUCCAUGGUAUAGGUAGAUUAUUAUUAGGGAUAAAAUAUUAUGAACGUUUUAUAAGAGUGAUGUGGUAGGAGAUGAUGAAGCAUUGGAUAAUAUGGUAAGCGAGUGAUUUCGGGGAUUAUAGUGAGAUCAGUACGCUAUCUGCAGCAAAUAUUAUUACGACGCUUUCGUAUGAGCUUACCUAAGGCUCUACGUUAAAGCCUCUCCAACUUAAAUGUCUUUUAUAUCUCAGGGAAAUGUAUCUACGAAUUUAACAUGAUUACCAAAACAAAAAAAAAAAAUCUAUCUACGACCCAUCGUUUUUGCGUUUCGUUUAAGAACUACGGAGUAAUUGAUAAUUAUGGGGGAAAAGAAUAAGAAAAUACAUUAAUUAGCUUGCAAGUUGCCGGUAACAGAAAGGCAGUUUGUGAUGUCAUGUAUGCAUGCAUGAAAUAUUUGAUCGUAAUGUCCGGUUUUCAUAAAGCGCAACAAAAUGUAUUCCCAAUCACAAUAGCUUGAUUGAUAUCACUACUCUCAUAUAACUAAUUUAUAAUUAGUUCUUUCAACAAAGAUAUGUAGGAACUAGGAACUUGUCUUCAUAGAUGUUUGAUUUUAUGAGAAAUCAGCAUACGUUCUUGUAGACACCUUAAUUUACAUGGAGAUAUUCAACCAACGUGAACCCCAUAAGGCCAACCAAAGGCAAAAAUAGAUUCAGGUUGAGAAAUUCUCGGACUUUUUUGUUUGGACAAGAGUCACAUUUUCUUUCUAAAUAUUGACUUAACAAAUCUAAGGUUCAUUUUCCGUUUCCCUUACAAGACCAGGUAAUAGCCAUAGAAAGAAAAAAAGGACAAACAACGAACCAGAAAAAAGGAGAGAAACAAAAAAAAACAAGAAUUGACAAGAACAGAACCCACCACCAAGUCUAUUGACAAACUUACAUCGACCUGAGAAGUAAAAACGACAUCAUUCUUCUUCUUUUUGUUAUUCUUAACCUAUCUUGAUCACAAUGCAAUUUUGUGUAACAUUAUUGAUUCAAGAAGGGGACACGCAACAAAAAGAGCUUCCUCUAUCUUCUUAACAAUGGGGAUAUUCUCAUCUUCAAAUAAUUAAUACCAAACGUUGAGCUCUGGUUUGCUAUAUUUCCAUCUACCUUUAUAAAACCUUUCCUUGAGUUUUGCUUGAUUGUGCCUACCUAGUGGCGCAAGGAUGGCAGAAAAGCCAGUGGAGAAAAGGUCACGUCGAGGGCUGUUGGGUGCUGUGUUUGGUAAACGUGGCUUGUGGUCCAAGAAAUGUACCGCGGAUAAGGGAAACCAUAAAAGCACAACGAGUACCAGCACUGCCUCCACAGAAUGCACCGCUAAUAUUCAGUUCACCAAAUCUCCAGCAACCGAAUUAAACCCAAAUAAGAUUCAAGAUCAUAAAGUCCCACCUGAACCGAUACAAAAACCUAUUUCAAAACCCUCAUCGAAUCAAAACCCUAAUAACCAUCAGUUAGGCAACAAUGGGAGUCACCAACAUAUUAAUAAUCAAUGGCCGGUCCAACAACAAGCGAAGAAGGUGCCAAGGGAAUCUAUCGGUCUAUCAGGUGAGCUAGAGAGCAUGAUCAACGACAACCAAAAAGCUAAAGGGAUAAGAGCAUCUUCAAGCAAUGUGAUGUUUGGCAACCUUGGGAACUUGAAGCAGCCAGGAACAACAUCGGUUGGGAACCAAACAACUGUUCAAAACAAAGGAUACGGUAAUAAUACCGGUGGAAGCUACGGGGUGAGGAAUACAAUGAAAGAGGAAAGACAAACUGCGGUUUCAACUAAUCAAGAUCAGCCAGGGUCUUUGUGUAGGGCGAUAUCUACAAGAAUGGAUCCAGAGACUUUGAAGAUAAUGGGGAAUGAAGAUUACAGGAACGGAAACUUUGCUGAAGCGUUAGCGUUGUAUGAUGCUGCCAUAGCCAUCGAUCCAAAGAAGGCUGCGUAUAGAAGCAACAAAAGUGCGGCGUUGACGGCAUUGGGAAGAAUCAUUGAGGCAGUGUUUGAGUGUAGAGAGGCAAUUAGAAUGGAGCCUCAUUACCAUAGAGCUCAUCAUCGGUUGUCUAACUUGUACCUCAGGUUGGGAGAGGUGGACAACUCAAUAUAUCAUGUUAAGCAUUCGGGUCCAGAAGCAGAUCAAGAAGACAUUUUGAAGGCCAAAACGGUUCAGACUCAUCUCAACAGAUGCACCGAAGCCAAAAGAUUGCGAGAUUGGAGAACUCUGAUCAAAGAAACCGAGAACACUAUAGCUUCAGGCGCAGACGCAGCUCCUCAAGUAUAUGCAUUGCAAGCAGAGGCAUUCUUGAAGAGUUAUAGACAUCAAGAGGCCGAUGAUGCUUUGUCUAGAUGUCCGGUUUUCGAUGUGGAAAUGAGCACAAAAUACUACGGACCGAUCGGUUACGCCGGUUUCUUGGUCGUCUGGGCUCAGGUUCACAUGUCAUCCGGAAGAUUUGGAGAAGCCGUUGAGGCGAUUCAACGAGCUAACAAGCUGGACAGGAACAACAGGGAAGUAAGCAUGGUUCUCCGGCGUGUGCAGGCCGUAACCGCAGCGCGAUCAAAAGGCAACGAUUUCUUCAAAGCGGGACGGUUUCAAGAAGCUAGCACAGCUUAUGGUGAAGGAUUAGACCAUGACUCAAGAAACUCAGUCUUGCUAUGUAACAGAGCAGCUUGUCUAUCCAAAAUGGGACAGUUCCACAGAGCCGUAGAGGAUUCCACGAAUGCACUCACCGUCCGUCCUGCCUACACCAAGGCUCGACUGAGAAGAGCCGACUGUAACGCUAAGCUUGGGAACUGGGAAGCAGCAAUUGGAGACUACGAGAUAUUGAGAAAAGAGACACCUGAAGACGAGGAAGUACUCAGAGCAUUGUCAGAGUCCAAGAUGCAGCUAGUGAAACGACGUGGACAUGAAUCUUGAACUCUCCCAGCGAUUAAAACAGCCACCAUGAGAUUGUUCAGGAAGUUACGGACUGAAAAGUCUAGUCUUAAUAUUUUUUUAGCCGGUAACAAAUGAGAAAUCUUUAAUCAAUCAAAAUUUAUAUCUCGGUGUAAAUACAGACAGGUUCGAGUUUCGUUACAAAACAGUCAAGAACAAAGAUUUAAUCAUUUACUAAAAUAUAUAAUUACGUCCUAGAUGGUUUUUUGGGUCUAUAUAUUGCAUUUGCAAGUUUGUUGUCUAGAAUAUUUCGACAAGGUGUGUGUAGAUGUUAAAAAAUGAAUGUGGUGAAGCUUGAGGUUGAUAUAGUCUCCAUCCUUUAGAGAGAACACAUGAACCAUAUCAAAUUGGAAGAUGACAAUGAGGUGUCAGGAUAAAUCUUUGAAAUGCUCCAUCUUUGAGUUAUAAGUUGUAUUUUCUAAGUUUUACAAUACACGAUGUUUUGACUCAUUGCACAAAGAUUAAAAUUUAUCUUUUUCCAAAAAUAAAACUUUACAAAUAUAAUUUAAAAACAUUCAACCAAUUAAAAAUUGACUGUAAAAUUUAGUUAGUUCAACAGUUUUCAAUAAAAUAGAAAAGAAUAUAAAUAUAUCAAAAUUUUAUCUAUUUUGAAGUAAUAAAUAUUUUCUAAAACAUCAACUAUUAUAAAAUGGA